CAACGAACAUUGUCACCCAAACUCUUUAACUCUCAUCGUCAUCUCCCUAUAGUAGCCACGAUGAAUAUCCUCGAUAUCCCGCGUCCCACAACGUUCCUCCAGAAGAUGUCUCUUCGGACGGGGGCCGAGAUUAUUACUUACCUACAAGUGAUAAACAAGGCGUCGGGGGUCUACGGCCUCCUUGCGCUUCUUACCGGCGCGAAGAUCGAUGGCUUCCAGCUGUCCAUGUACCUUUACUCGACCGUCGCACUCCUCGCUACCACAUUCCUGUACAAGCACAUCCGGUUACAAAGUCCCUUUGAGUCGGUAUUGCUGGCGCACCUGUAUGCGCUCGACUCGGUCAUCAACGCGUUAUACACAGCCUUCUUCGGUAUCGCGUGGUUCUACACGCUCGCCGCGCACCCAGACGAGAAUGCCGGACUAUCGCCGGGCAUGAAGGACAACGCGGGUUUCACCAGCCCCAAGCACAACGUCACACAGGUCGACAUUAUCGCGGAGCCCACCGACGGCCUGAAAUCCGGUCAGAACGCCAUAGCAGUCGGACAAGGCGCAGAUGCUGGCGCGGGGCUAGGCAACGCCGUCUUCCAGAGCGGAAGCAUCAUGAGCAUCUCGCUGAUCUCUGGCUUCUGGGCUCUCCGCGUCUACUUCGUCUUCAUCAUGCUGGCUUUCGCGCGCCAGUGCCUCCGCCAACACAUCGCUGCAAACGCCUCCUCCGCGGCGUGGUACAACUCGAACAACAUGCAGACGUCCGCCAACGACCUUGCCGAAAACCCUUUCGCAGAAGGCAAAGAAGAGGGAAGCGGCUGGAAGGGGCAACUCGGGCGCGUCAUGCUCAGUGGUGCGCCCAAGUACUGGCUUGGUGCUGAUGCCGGCGAGGGCGAGGACUGGAUGCGUAGCCUGGGUGGCAAAUUCAAGAAGACUGCACAUCUCGACCAACCUGUUGGUUUCAACGAGCGCGAGCGGAGGCGGAGAGCUGGAACCGGCCCGCCAGUACCUCAGCUUAAGCUGAACCCUGAGCUGCCCAAGUAGACCGCGUCUGAGGUGCAUUCUUGGCCUACCAGGCUUUGUGGACUAGGGGAGGGGAUGACUUAUGACAGAGCCAGAAGUUGUAAUGACAUGACCUAGGGUUGCGCAUUCUCGAACUAGAAGCGCACGUGUACGAUAUACAUCUAUAAUUCUGGCGUAUAUCAGACGGGCAAAAUCGCACGAUAGCGAAGCACGUCAGAUCUACCACUAUUUUCGCGUAGCAUAGCGUUUACUAUUCGCAAAUCAAUCUUUUUACCACGAGAA